AUGCAGGCUGAGUCAGGUUAUGGGUCAGAGAGCAGUUUACGUCGCCAUGGCUCCCUGCUGUCCCUCACCUCUGCUGCCAGCGGCCUAUCCACCGCCUCCGCGUCUUCCUUCAAGAAGGGAUACAGCCUGCGGGAAAAGCUAGCAGAGAUGGAGACCUUCCGGGAUAUUCUCUGCAGACAGGUGGACACACUGCAGAAGUAUUUUGACAACUGCGCAGAUAUCGACAGUAAAGAUGAACUCCACAGAGACAAAGGUGAGUAAAUUUAUUACAUGGCAAUUUUAUUUGACGGAGGGCCCAAUUUUUUAAAAGCCUUAGACUUUCAUUCAUCAAUUAUGAUAAUAAUUUCAGCUGAAACAGGAAGACAGUGUGAGACAUAUUGAGCACCCCCUUUUUAAAUAGUCAAUAGCAUUUUAUUUAUUUAUUACAUCUUGGGCCAGGGCUGUUGAGCUCAGCUCUGCAUUUGUCAGCUUUAUGACAGCCACGGUAUAAUAGAUUAUACCUUUUAGAUUCUUUAGAUGGACACACACAUACAGGGGUUGGACAAUGAAACUCAAACACUGGCCAAUUUAAUUUUCUAAAUUUGACCAGCCAGGCGGCCAAUCUUCUGAUUACACAUUCCACCAGUAAGAGUGAGUGUGAAGGUUUAGUUAGCAGAGUAAGCAUAGUUUUGCUUAAAAUAUUGCAAUGUACACAACAUUAUUGGUGACAUAUCAGAGUUCAAAAGAAGUCUUGCUGGCACAUCUGUGACCCAGACAGCAAGUCUUUGUGAUGUAUCAAGAGCCACGGUAUCCAGGGUAAUGUCAGCAUACCACCAAGAAGAACGAACCACAUCCAACAGGAGUAACUGUGGACGCGAGAGGAAGCUGUCUGAAAGAGAUGCCCGGGUGCUAACCUGGAUCAAAAAACAGAAAACCACAGCUGCCCAUCUCACUGCAGAAUUAGAUGUGCACCUCACCUCUUCUGCUUCCACCAAAAACUUUGGUCUUUUGGAAGCUCCACAGGGUCGAUAUACAUGGCCGGUGCUGCUAAAGCCAAACCUUUGGUCAAUCAUGCCAAUGCCAAACAUUAGUUUCAAUGGUGUCAGCAGCGAAAAUCUUAGGCUGUGGACAAUGUGAAAUAUGCAUUGGUCUCUGAGUUCACCUUUCUCUUUCUUUCCCCACAUUUGGGAGAGUUACAGUGUGGAGAAGCCCCAAAACAAGUGUACCACCCAGACUGUUGCAUGCCCAGAGUGAAGGUUUAGGCUGCAAUCUCGUGGCAUUCCCUAAGCCCAAUACUUGUGUUAGAUGGGCAUGUCCCUGCCAAGGACUAUGUGCAUCCAAUGGUUGAAACAUAGUAUCCUGAAGGGGGUGCCGUGUAUCAGGAUGAUAAUGCACCAAUACACACAGCAAGACUGGUGACAGACCGGUUUGAUGAACUUG